AUGGAUAUCAUCAGCAUUUAUGCCAUCACCGCGGGCGGUGUUUUUGUCACUCUUUUCCUGCUCAGUGUUCUUCCGCGUUUAUAUCUGUUAUUUAAAAACAUUGAAGUGUACAUUUCUCGAUAUGUGAUAUUUCCAUUCUUUCUUCGUCGCCAUCGCUUCCUUGGGCCAUGGACACGUGGGGCUGUUCUAAUUCACCUUUUCUACACCGGGAUCAACUUGUUCUGUCUCUGCUUCGGUGUCUCUUCGCCAACACAAUUUGCAGAUAGAUCAGGGACUCUGGCUGUGGUCAACAUGGUCGCUUUAUUUGCGGCGGGACACGUGAGCUUCUACUCCGAUAUAUUGAGUAUUUCUCGCCACACGUGCCUCCAGAUCCACCGGGGCACUGCUUGGAUGGGGGCCGGAUGUGUAGUAGGGCUCACACUCUUUGCACUGCCGUAUAUUCGCCGUCACAUCUUUGAAGUGUUCCUUCGAACCCAUCAGGUCCUUGCAUAUAUUCUUUUAUAUGCGACGUGGCGGCAUGUUCCAUCUGGGAAUCGCCUUUUGAGGAUUUGUAUCAUUACCACAUUCGUGUUGCUCUCAAUAGCGCUGCUACUACAGCUUGGCUUUCUGAUCUAUCACAAUAGAUUCUUCUCGUUGCAUCGAUGGCCUCGGGCGCGGGUUUCCUGUAACCGCCCCAAAAUUGAAGGGAAAAAUGAUUCUGACGUAAUCAUUCAAGUUCGUGUGGCCCUCACACGUCCGAUGAGGAUUAAGGCGGGACAGCACAUCAAUUUAUGGAUGCCUUCGGUGACCUGGUGGUCAUGGGCGCAAGUGCCUCCAUUCAUGGUCACAUCGUGGUCCCACAGCGCCCAGGAGACGUUGGACCUACUGAUUCAGCCACGAAGUGGGUUUUCUCGCGAAUUACUGAAGCACGCCCGUGCUGCUCCACAGGGAUCAGCUUCAUUGUGCGCGUUCAUUAUUGGACCCCAUGGCAUGAGCAACAAAGUUGAUCGUUAUGAGAGUGUUGUGCUCGUGGCCAAUGAUUUUGGUAUCGCGGCUGCCAUUCCUUAUCUCAAAAAGCUCGUCUAUAGCUAUAACACGUCGGCAUCUCGAACAAGAAGAGUGCAUCUUGUCUGGGAGGUUGAUACUCUUGACAUCGCCAUCGCAGUGCAAGCAACUCUGAACAGUCUACUGGAAGAUGACAUCUUAAAGAAGCGUUACAUCUUGACCAUCUCGAUCUAUGUAAGAUUUGGUCAGAUCAUUGGCGACGUGAUGAAAUUUGGGAACCACGACCGAGCUGUUGUCUACAACCGACGUGCAAAUUAUGAUCAGAUUCUACGUGCGGAGUUGUCUGGAAAGCUCAUUGAAAGACUUCCGAACGCUCAAGAAGAGAAGGGAGAGUCGUUAGUGAUAGUGGCAGCGUCCAGUCGGGUCCGCGACCAGGUUCGAUUAGUCCUUCGAGACUAUGUACACCAGAAAGCAAAAAUGGCAGUUCUUGAGUAUCAGCCUUGAGCAAUCAUUGAAAAUCAUCGACUCGCGGCGGAAUUAAUGCCCCAAUUUGAGUUUCCUGACUGCCUAGAUCUCUGUAGUUACUUUCAUACAUCCGCACCAUUCACUUAAGGC